AUGCUGAGCGUGGGGCUGGGAAGAAGGAGUUGCCACCGCAGCAGCGGGCUGUGGAGGAGCCUGUGCCCCACAGCUGCUGGUGGCGCGCCGCGCCGCCCUCGAGCCCUGAGCGGCGGCGGCGGGGCGCGCAGCGAGGGCGGCCCCCCGGCAGGUGCUACUAACAUAAAGCCAUUGGAUGGUGUGAAAAUUCUUGACCUAACAAGGGUGCUUGCAGGGCCCUUUGCCACAAUGAAUUUAGGAGAUCUAGGGGCUGAAGUUAUCAAAGUGGAAAGACCAGGAGCUGGUGAUGAUGCUAGAGCCUGGGGCCCACCUUUUGCUGGAACAGAAAGUGUUUAUUAUCUCAGUGUUAAUCGGAAUAAAAAGAGUAUAGCUGUCAAUAUGAAGCACCCAAAAGGAACAAAGCUAGUUAGAGAGCUUGCAGCUGUGUCUGAUGUUUUUGUGGAAAACUACAUCCCUGGGAAACUGACUGAAAUGGGACUAGGUUAUGAAGACAUUAAAAAGAUUGCUCCUCACAUAGUGUACUGUUCAAUAACAGGUUAUGGUCAGACUGGUCCAAUGGUUCAGAGAGGAGGAUAUGACUCUAUUGCAGCUGCUGUUUCUGGUCUUAUGCAUAUCACAGGCCAUGAGGAUGGUGAGCCAGUUAGAUCAGGAGUAGCCAUGACAGAUCUUGCUACUGGGCUGUAUACAUAUGGAGCAAUUAUGGCUGGUUUGCUUCAAAGGUAUAAGACGGGGAAAGGACUGCACAUUGACUGUAAUCUCUUGUCAUCUCAGGUUGCAUGUCUUACUCAUGUAGCAGCUAAUUAUCUUAAUUGCAAAAUCGAAGCAAAGCGCUGGGGAACAGCUCAUGGCAGUAUUGUUCCGUAUCAGGCUUUUAAGACCAAGGAUGGCUACAUUGUGGUUGGAGCUGGAAAUGAUCAGCAGUUUGUUACUGUGUGCAAGAUUCUGAAUUUGCCUGAAGUUAGCAAGGAUUCCAGAUACAAAACGAAUACACUCAGAGUCCAGAACAGGAAAGAACUUAUUGAAAUAUUAUCAACCCGGUUUUCUGAAAAAACAACGAUCAAAUGGUUGCAGCUCUUUGAAGGUAGUGGGGUUCCAUAUGGUCCAAUCAACAAUAUGCAGCAAGUAUUCUCGGAUCCUCAGGUGCUGCACAAUGGACUUAUCAUGGAAAUGAAUCAUCCAACAGCUGGGAGGAUAGCUGUUCCAGGACCAGCCGUCAGAUACAGUGAAUUUUCUGUAUCACAAGCCAAGCCGCCUCCUCUUGUUGGGCAGCAUACAGUGGAGAUACUGAAGGGCAUACUGGGGUACAAGGAUGCUGCCAUAGAAGAACUGCUCAGCACUGGUGCUGUGGCUCAGCAUGAGGUCAGAUAAGGAACAUUAGCUACAUUCCUUCACACUGAGUUCACAUUACUUUGUCCUCUCUUUGCUCCCUUCAGCUCCCCUAAUGGGACUCAAAGAGAAGACAUAAUUUAAUUCCUAAUUUUCAUCCAUGUGUGUUUGUAUGAUUUUAACACUGAUGUAUCAAAUAAACAA